CGAGCGUCCCAUUUGGUCUCUGAUCUCUAUCCACCCGGAGGCCUCUUCUGUUUUGGCUCCCUUUUUAAGCCCAUGUCCUCCUCCUGCCUCGCCAUCAUUCAUCCCAACAAAGCGUGUCAAACCUCUCCCUCAAGUGUUGUCCCAAUAACCACUACUACCUCUCUCCACCGUCUUCUUCAGCUCUCUCGAGCGAAAGCAAAGGGUGUCAUGGAGGGCCUCAUCCCGUUCAUCUACAGGGCCGUGGCGCAGUACAGGAAGGAGGGGCAGGUCUCCCUCGCCGACCUGCUCUUCGACGAGCAGCCGUCCUCGUCGCCCACGGCGGCCUCGGCCUACUUCCGUCUCCCCGGGGACUCCGGCCGGCACCAGCGCUUCUCGGGCGACUCCGGUGCGGCCGGAGCCGCGCGGCGGUCUCCGGCGCACCGUCGGCGCAGCAUGGAGCAUGGAUCGUGGUGAUUGAUUGUGAUUGAAGCGCAGAAAGGCCAAGAAUAAAGGAAACAGAGCGAAGCAGGUGAAGACUUGCCUAGGUACGUCGUCGAGUACAUGCAGAUACGAUGUGGAUUGGUGGAAACCUCAAGUAUUGGCCUAGCUAAGCUAAUACGAGCUGCAGACCUGCAGUUUGUGUGUGCUAUACAUGCAUGUAUUGGUAUUUCAAUUCAGCUUGUAAUGAUUGUCAACUGUAAAUAUGGGAUGCGUAAGCGCAGGACCUCCGAAGGAGUCCUGUGAAGAAAUGUAUAGUGUCAGAGUCCAUUCAUGGAGUGUAAUAUGGCAAUAAAAGCUUCACCAUGUACAAAAAGGUUGUGUACACGCACA